AUGGCGGACUUGUUCCUCGAUGGGCUUUCCCAGUCUCAGAAACGUAGUUUGGCGAUCAUCGUGGUGGUGGGAGGCGGAGCGGGGGCCAACCAGAUCAAGAAGGCCUUGAGGAGCGCUGCUCGUGAGCAGCAGGAGCUGGCCAUGGGAACAGAGAGGAAGGACAAGCCGCUGAAGCACAAGGCUGUUGCAGUGGACGCCAUCUUCGCCUCGCGCCUCCGCAAGAUCCUGUCCAUCUGUGUGCCAGGACCACUGUCUGCAGAGGCUGGACUGAUCUAUGCACAGGGAGGUCUCCUCAUAGCCCGCACCAUGCUCUCAGACUACAUCUCCCGCCUGGAAGGCCAGACUGGGAGGUACAUCAUUUCCUCUGACGGCUCCAAAGUGCGUCGAACCAUGGCCCUGUUUGUGGCGGCCUCCAUCCCAGCCGCCGUGGUGAACAGUGGGCUGAAGUACAUGCAGAAGCGCAUCAAGCUGGCCUUCCAGCGCCGCCUGACCCUGCAGCUGCAUGAGCUGUACUGCAACAACCGCGCCUACUUUGCGGCCUCCACGCUGCGCGGCCUGACGGGGGCCGACCAGCGCAUCACCGAGGACGUGGAGAAGUUCACCUAUGCCAUCUCCGAGCUCUACUCCUACACAUUCAAGCCGCUGCUGGACGUCGUCCUCUUCACGCACUCGCUGUCGGGGAUCAUGGGGUACAAGAGCCAGCUGGCCCUGUAUGGCUACUACUUCUGCUGCGCCUCCGUGCUCCGGAAGACGAGUCCCCCAUUGGCCCUCAUGACAGCCCAGGAGACGGCCCUGACGGGCGCCUUCCGCCAGGCUCACCAGCGCCUGGUCCAAAACGCAGAAGAGGUGGCGUUCAACGACCCGCCGGCGGGCAUGGCCGAGCAGAUGAUCCUGAACCAGCACCUGUACCGCAUGCUGCGCCACUCACGGUUGUCCGCCUUCCAGCACUUUGUGCAGCAGGUCCUGGAUGGCUUCUUCGUCAAGUACGGCGCCACCGCCGUGGCCCUUCUGGUCUACGCCCUGCCCUUCAUCUUCGACAGCAACAACCCGCGGGCGGGGUCGGGGCACGCCACCCAGAACUACAUCCGCGCCAUGCGCUUGCUGGGCAACACCUCCAAGGGCAUCGGCGACCUUGUGCUCAUAUACAAGCGUAUAACCGGCCUGGCGGGGCACACCUCCCGCGUGUCGGAGCUCCUGGAGCAGGCAAGCGCUGGUGAUGUCAAGAACCUGAGCAGCGACAACCCCGAGCGCGUGCACACGCAGCUCUACCUGCGCAACGGCCCCACCAUCCGCUUCGACCGCGUGACGCUGACCUCGCCGGACGGCACGACCCUGGUCCGCGGCCUGACCUUCGACGUGACCCCCGGGCGCAGCGUCAUGAUCAUGGGCCCCAACGGAUCGGGCAAGUCCUCCCUCUUCCGCGUCGCGGCGGGGCUGUGGCCGCUGCAGGCAGGCGAGAUCACGCUGCCCCCCAAGGGCCAGCUCUUCUACCUCUCCCAGCGCCCCUACCUCGUCUCCGGCACGCUGCGCGACCAGCUGCUCUACCCCGAGCCGCCGCGCGAUGUGCUGGCGGUGGCCUCCCCCGCCUCCCGCGCGCGCGUCGCGCCCUGGGCCACCUCCGCCGCCUACCCCUCGCGCGAGGCGCUGGACGAGCGCCUGGCGCAGUGCCUGGAGGCCGUGGAGCUGGAUGGCCUGGCCGCGCGCGGCCGCGGCCUGGACCAGGUCCAGGCCUGGACCGAGACCCUGAGCGGCGGCGAGAAGCAGAGGCUGGCCAUGGCGCGCCUGCUCUUCCACGCGCCGGCCUACGCCGUGCUGGACGAGUGCACCAGCGCGGUGUCGGCCGACGGCGAGCUGGCGCUGUACCGCGCCGCCAUCCGCGCAGGCAUCACCGUGCUCAGCAUCGGGCACCGCCCCGCGCUCAAGGGCUUCCACUCGCGCAUCGUGCACUUUGAGGGCGGGGAUGGCGGGAAGGGCUGGACCGUGGAGGAGCUGCGCGACAGGGAUAGCGACGGGCUGGCAGGGACGGGGGCCUGA